AUGCAUCUCUUAUUUAAAUGCUCAAGCUUUUUGCAAAAACCCCUCUUUUUAAAGUCUUGCCGACAAUUUUUUGCCAAAUCACCCCAAAUAAACACCGCUAAUAAAAUCCGCUUUCAUGUGAAGCGCAACGUUCGUGUAUACACCACAAUUUCUCUAUCCACAUCUAUUGCUGCUGCUUUUAUUUCAAUCAAAUCUCUUUCGAAAUACGAUACUUCCAUCGAUGAAUGUGUUAAAUCUUCUAUUCCUCUUACCCCUUCAUCCCAAGAUACUACGGAAACAGCUAAUGUAAAUAUUCUAUCAUUCAGUACUCUAUGUUCACUGCUGCUAUCUGAUUUCCCCUAUUUAGUAAUUGCAAUUUUGGGGGCGUUUGGCGCUGCUUAUUUCAAUAUCCGUAUUCCUACUCUUUUGGGUGAACUGAUCAAUAUUCUUGCGGAAAUUGCCCAAGCUCGUUCAAUAUCCUUUUCGGUACUGCGGUCGCCCUCACUUCGCCUAUGCGGAGCCAUUUCGUUGCAGUCUCUUUGUACUUUCGUAUGCAUCGGAUUUUUGGCUACAGUUGGCGAACGGAUUGCUUUUCGCCUAAGAACUAUGCUUUUUGAGCGUGUUAUUUAUCAAAGAGUCGGUUUUUUUGAUGAGAAAACAUCCGGUUGGAUAAUAGAAAGAUUAACGGCUGAUGUGCAAGAUUUCAAGAGCUCCUUCAAACACUGUGUUUCUCAGGGUCUUCGCAACGGUGCCCAGAUUAUUGGAUCGUGUAUUGCCAUGUAUAGAAUAUCACCAACUUUAACUGCGGCCUUAUUGGGUUGUCUUCCGCUAGUUUUUCUUAUUGGUAGCCUUAUAGGCAGUCAGCUACGUCGAAUGAGCCAUGCAGCUCAUGAAAAGACUGACGAAACCACGAACAUCGCUUCGGAGGCUUUCACUCACAUUCGAUCGGUUAAAUCUCUCGCCAUGGAAUCUCAAAUGAUCGAUCAAUAUCAGCAGUCUGCAUGCGAGGCCUGCUAUCUACACGAGUUUCUUGGCUACGGAAUCGGCUGUUUCCAAGGCCUUUCCAACUUCGCCAUGAACGGUCUUGUUUUGGGAGUGUUGUACCUGGGGGGUAAUCUGAUGAGCAGAGGCGACUUGGAUGCCGGUGAUCUAAUGGCUUUCCUUGUGGCAACUCAAACUCUCCAUCGAUCGUUUGUUCAAAUUUCCCUUCUGUUUGGACAUGUCAUUCGUGGCGCUUCUGCCGCUGCUCAUAUCUCUGAGCUACUCUCGUAUCCCUUGUGCAGCGAGGCAACUCUCGAUAACAAAACAGUCAAAAUGCUCCCCGAAAUGAUUACUUUUAAUACUCCAGUGAUUCGCUUCGAGAAUGUCACCUUCUGCUACCCUAAUCGACCAGAAAAGGCAGUAUUUAAGGAUUUGAGUUUUGAAAUUCCCGCUGGAAAGGUAGUGGCUCUUGUUGGAGAAUCAGGAGCGGGAAAAUCGACAGUACUGGCUCUUCUAGAGCGUUUUUAUGAGCCAAAUGCUGGAAAAAUCACUCUGGAUGGAGUCGAUAUUAAGAAUAUUAGCUUGCCUCAACUACGAGGCCGUCUGCUUGGCUAUAUUAGUCAAGAACCGGAAAUCUUUCAUAAUACGGUGUCAGAGAAUAUUCGUUGUGGGCGUCCAAUGGCUUCUCAAAGCGAUAUAGAAUUAGUGGCGAAAGCUGCUCAAGCUGAUGACUUUAUUCGAGAUCGUUUGAGUGGAGGCUAUGAUACAAUGAUUGGGGGUGGUUCGAGCACGGCGUCAGCAGGUCUUAGUGGGGGACAACGCCAACGCAUUGUUAUUGCUAGAGCUCUUCUCAAAAAUGCUCCAAUUCUACUUCUUGAUGAAGCAACUUCUGCUCUAGAUGCUGAGUCUGAAUUUCUAGUUCAGUCAGCGCUUCAAAAGGCCAUGCAAGGUGAGUAA